AUGGUACGCGAGUCGGAGAAGCAUUGGAAGGACGUCUUCGUCUCCGCUGGCACUUUCUGCAUCGACUAUGAAUGCUACGACAAGGGAGAAGCCGAGAUUCUGCUCGCCAACGCUAAGAUUGACAAUUACAAGGAGGACGAGAGCGUGGCGGAUGCUCGUGGAUUGAUCGAGCUGCCCGCCGAGUUGAUCAUGUCGAUUCUCGAACCGCUGAACUUUCUGAUUGCCGAGCGGUCACUUGGAGAUGACGCGCUCAUCGUGCGCCUUCUGGAACUACAAGUCGAGCCCGAUCGUCGCCCUCUACAUCCCCAACUUUGCCCACGAGGCGGCGCCAUGUUCCUCGACGUCCGCUGCAACGACACGGGCGUGCUGACCAAUUUUGAGGAACAAAAGCAAACCGUCAUCCGGCACUCGACGAAGGGCCGUGAGCGCGUCAAGCGGAUGUGCGUCGAGAUGAAGAAGCGGCAUCGUCCUCACUUCCGCAAACCGUCAUCCGGCGCUCGUCAUGGGGAUGUGCGCGUCGAGAUGCAGAAGCUCCACGGCCCCGGCGCUGUCCCGGCGGUCUUGUCGCUGUUCUCGAGGCGACGGCAGCGGGAGGAACAACAACGGCACCCCGGAUUGCCUAAGGUACAGCCGGACGACUCGAUGAUGCGCGACCGUUGUCGCUGCGCAACGACUUCAAGACGAGCGACGACGCUUCUUCGUCACCGCUUCCUGAUGGGCCCGCAUCGCUUCGUCGUCCUCAAGCAGCUCUUCAUCAGCUCCGACGCCUUCUUCUCGGCUUCAAAGGCAGUGGGCACACAGCCGGAAGCCGAGGAGAAGAUGGACAGCGAGCUGAUGGAGGACGGCGACGCCAAGGAGGACGAUGAGGAGGCGAUGGGCAGCAUACAGAGAUCGUUCACCCUGUUCUCGUAUCUAUUCGCGCCGGCUAAUCCACUGAAAAAUGAGGGAAAUAUUGAUGAGCAGCAACUCUACGUCAUUUUGCCGGCAAAUAACGCGUCCGCUGCAGCGCAGAGGCCACGCCCACUACCCGGGUGGCCCUACGUGGCGCUGACCCCAUCGACCGUACCCCGUCGCUACAUCCCCGAUUAUUUGAGGACGACGGCCAGGCGGAUUAAGGAGGCGCAGAAA